GGACAAAACACCAAACGCAAAGCUGCCAUGAGUUCUGACAGUGCAAGUUUCUCAUCGAAUAUCUCCAUUGUUCGUCCUGAAUACUUUUUCAUCACUGGGCUUUCAGGUACAGAAUACAGCAAUUAUUACUAUAUCUUCUUGUUUUUCAUUUAUAUUGUUGCUGUAAUCGGAAACUUUAUAGUUCUUCUCAUUAUAGCUCUUGAACGCAGUCUGCACAGUCCAAAGUACAUUGCUGUGUUUAACUUGGCCUUGGCUGAUAUUGGUGAAAUGAAUGCACUGGUUCCUAACAUGAUAAAAAUGUUUCUGUUUGACUCCCAGUACAUCUCCUACAAUGCUUGUAUGGUAAACAUGUUUUUUGUUCACUUCUUUAGUACUAUGCAGAGUUUCACUCUUGUUGUUAUGUCAUACGAUCGCUUUGUAGCUAUUUGCUUGCCAUUGAGAUAUCAUGCUAUCGUCAAUAACACAGUCAUAUCUGUGGUGUUUUUAGUUCUAUGGGCGUUUAAUGUUUUUGUGGUUCUGGUGGUGGUGAGUAUGAUCACUCGACUGUCAUUCUGCAAAAGCAAUGUGAUACUUAGUUAUUAUUGUGAUCACGGACCAGUGUAUAAGCUGUCAUGUAAUGAUAACAGCAUAAAUUCCUUUUUGGGAAAACUCAGCACAGCUUUAUAUCUAGUAGCACCACUGAUCAUCAUAUUCCUGUCAUAUGUGGGUGUUUUUCUUGCUUUAAGUAAAAUUACAACUUGGGAAGGACGUUUAAAAGCACUGAAAACCUGUGUUUCACAUCUGUUGUUGGCGGGAUCUUUUUUUGUUCCCAUAUUCUGCAUAUACAUGGCUUCAAUCAUGAAUUCCCUCACUCCUAAUGCAAGGGUCCUCAGCACAUCUCUAUCAUAUGUGCUACCACCAACUCUAAACCCUAUACUUUACGUUUUAAACACAGCUGAAAUCAAACAUUUAAUAAAAAAAAUUAUUAAAAACAGAGCUGCCAAAACUGUGCAUGUUGCAAGCUAA